AUGAUUUUUUGGAUUGAUAACACUAGCAUAUAUGAUUGUAGAACUUACAGUCUAAUUAAACCUUAGUAGUAUGAUGUUGCUAUAAUUUUGGAUUACAUUAAACAAGAAUAAUAGUAAAAUAGAAUUGAUCUAAAAGAAAAACUACCAAAAUUAUUAAAAACUCUUGCCUUAUUGCUUAUGAUUCAUAAUAAGAAUGACAUUUUUAGAUUAUUACAAAUUUUAGCAUCAAAGGAUUUCAAAUAUACAAAACUCUUCAAUGAUUUUAUGAAUAGUCCUGCUGCAUUGUGGUUUUUAGAUUAGAUGAAGUUAGAAUCUGUUCAAAUGAUUAUGCAUCAAUACAUUUAAGGAGAAUUUAAGUUUCUUGAAGGUUUAUUUUAAAAGAUUAACAAUUCAUAUGAAUAAUAUUUGUAAAAGCUACAAAAUGAGUAAGGAACUCCUGAGUUUAAUUAUUAAGCCGAAUAAUAAUUGUAACAAAAUUAAAAUUAAGAUUAAAUAAAAUCUAAUAAAUUUUUAGAAAAUACUUAAUAGAAUUAAAAAUUAGAAAAAUAAAUAAAUCCAGCUUCUAAAGUACAAUUAGAGUAGCCAAAUAAUUCAAGAAAAAAGAGUUUAGAAGAUAAUAAUCUUGAAAAAGAUUAAUAAUAAACUUUAUCUAAAGGAAAAAAUGAUAUUAAGACUAUUUAAGAUACAAAAAAUUAAAAUCUUACUAUAAAUAAAGAAUAAACUUAAAAUAAAGAAUAAGUUUAAAUACAAAAUUAGGAUGUUGGACAAUAGAAAUAAAUAAAUAAAGAAAAGAGUUUAAAAACAACUAUUGAAAUAGAAGAUUAACCUUAAUAAUAAUAAUAAUAAUAGAAUGAAUAAAAUAAUAAAUAAAAAUUAGUAUAAUAGUAGUAAAGCCAAAAUUAAUUAAAUACAAAAAUUGUAAAAGAUUAAAAUAAUGCAGAAAAUUAGAAAGCAUCAUAUUUUUCAGAACAAUAAAAAAUUUCGCUUGAAUCAGUUUUUAAAGAUGAUAAACCAGACGAGAAAAGUAAUUUUUCUAUAUAUUAUAUUUAGUGCUUGAGAUGGCAAAAAUCUUAUCAGAAAAAGCCUAAAAAAAAUCAGCAUAUUCACCUUUAUAAUCUCCUUCAAAAUUCAAACCUAAUCCAAAACCAUUAGAAAAAAUAACAGAAAAGGUUGAAAAAAGAGUUAAUAUGGAAUAAAAAAUAGCAAAAAAAUAAAAUUAAGAACCAGAAAAAGUAAAUUAAUAUAUAGAUACUUUAACUGAUAAAGAACAAUAAGAUUUUGAAUUUUCUGAAGACACAGAAUUAAUUAAAUUAUUUGAUUUAUUAAAAGAAAAAUGUGAAUAAACUUAUUGGUGGUCUAAAUUUUAAGAUAAAUGUCAUAAGGCAAUGAUGGAUAAGGAACUUGAGAUGAUAAUGUUUGAAAAAUUGCCUAUAUUAAUGAAAAGAUGGGCUAUCAAAACAGGUAAAAAUGUAACAGAAAUGGAAAGAAAUCCUAAUAGAAGACAUAGAACACCAAUUUAAGAAACAAAAAAUACAUUAUUAGAUUAUUCUGAUCCAGAAGAAUUAACAAAAGAUUUAUUUCAUAAUGUAUAAUCUUUAGAAAAAACAGAAAAGAAUAAAUAAAAUUUAGAAAAUGAAAAAUUUGAUGAAAAAGAUGUUUUAGAUUCUAAUUAAUAAAAUAAUUUUGGAAUUAAUAAAUUAAAAAAGAUAGAUGAAACAAAUAGUAAAUUUUCUAUUAAUCAUGAAUAAGAGUAAAACAUAAAUUAAAAUUUAAAAAAUGAUUUUAAAGAUAUAUAAGAAAAUUAAAGGCAAUUAUUAGUUUUAGAUAAUUAAGAAUAACUAAACAAGGAAAAUAACAAUUUAACAUCUAGAUUAGAUGAAGAUCCAUUUUUAAAUUAAAAUCAAUCUAUUUUAGUAGACUAGGAAUAAUUACUUUAAAAUGAAAUUUAAGAAGUAACUCCAUAUUAAAUUAUUGAUAUUGAUGAUGAGAUAUUAUUUUAGAAUUUUUCUGUUGAUAGUUAAAAAGCUUAUUAAUAAAAAGUAAUUAAAACAGUUUCAAAUAGAUUAAAUCCAGAAAUUAAUUAUCCAAAGUAAUUAGAAAAUGAAAACCUUAACAAAUAAUUCGAAACAUUAGAUAAUUAAAAAAAUUUUAUAUAUAUUGAUUCAGUAAAUGAUGAAAUUAUAUCUAACAAGAGAAACUAUUAACAAUUACCUUAAUAAUAGAUAAUUUAAAUCACUGAGGAUUGUGUUGAAAUUUAAAAUUAACCUACAAUAAAGAGUAAUAUUGUUUGUACUAAUAUUCAAUCAGAUGUUAAUUAAAUUAAUGAUGAUAUUGAUAAUUUGUUUCAAAAUGAGAAUGAUAUAUCAAGUCCAGAUUCUUUGAUUAGUUCAUCAUCUAUUAUGAUUAGUGAAUAAAGUAGCAUUUAAUUUGAUUAAAUUUAAACUUAAAAAAAUUAAUUCGAAAAUAAAGAUUAAUAAAAUUAAUAAAAAAACAAAGAAGUCAUUAAAGUAAUUGAUAAAAAUGAAAACAGAUAAUAAAGAGAAGAAGAAUAAAAAUCAAAAGACAAAAAAUCAUCAGAUUCUGAUUUAGAUAAAAAAGAGAAUUAAAAAAUUAAAAAUAAUAAGAGAUAAAAUUCAAAAGAUAAAAAUGAAAAUUUAAAAUAAAAGAGUAAAGGAAAAGAAUCUAAAAAUGACGAAUAAGAAAAAAGUAGAGCUAAAAGUUAAUAAUAAAAUAAAGAUAAAGAUAAAAAUAAAAAUAAAGAUACAAAGGGUAGUAAGAGUAUUGAAAAAAAAAAUACUUAAGAUAUUCUCAAAAUUAUGUAAGCAGAAAAAGAAGCUAAAGAAAAAUAGAAAGAAGAUUUGAAAAAAAAAGAAAAAGAAAAAAUUCAAUAAGAAAAUAUAAAAAAAGCUGAGUAAAAGUUAGAAAAAUUAAGAAAUGAUGAAAUUGAAUAUUAGAAAGAAUAUAAUCAUCUUUAAUAAUAAUCUAAAUAAAAGGAGAUUGAAGAGUUAAAAUAAUAAUAUCAAAAUUAGUUUAAAUAAUAUUAAUAACCAUCUUAAUAAUCUCAACAAAAUUAUAAAAAUGUCAAUCAGCAUCAAGAGCAAAAUUAAAGAUUAAGAUCUUAAGAAAAAUCAAAUUUAGAACCUUAGAUAGUAAAUAACAGUUCUUCAAAAUUUUAACAUUAUAAUUAAUAAAUGAUUUAAAAGAUGUAAGAUAGUUAAUCAAAUGGAAAUCGACCAUAAUAACUUAAUUAAGCUAAUGAAAAAUCACCAUCACAAUAAUCAUAUCAUAUGGAUUAAAAUAAUUAAAAUUUUAAUAGGGAAUAAAAAUCAGUUUAAUAAUCACAUCAAUAAAACUAUAAAUAAUUUGAUAGAAAUUAGGGAAAUUAAGUUAACCAAAAUUUACCAGAAUAAGUUAAUCCACAGUAAAAUACUUACUAAAAAUAAAAUAGUUAUGCUUUUCCUUUAGAAUAAUAUGGUAUCUAAGAAUUUUUAACUAAAAAGGAUUAGAAAGUAUAUAAAAAUAUAACAAAAUCUGUUGUUAAUCCUGUUUAAUAUGAUCUUGCUUAAUAAAUACCUAUAAAUUAAGGAAACUAUCAAAAAUAAUAAUAAUAAUAGUAUCCAUAACACCAAUAGCAUUAAUAAUUUCAAUAAUAAUAGCCUAUAUAAUAAUAACCUAUUUAAUAAUAAUAAUAAUAAUAAUCUUAUUAAUAAUAAUAACCUUAUUAAUAACAAUAAUAAUAAACGUAUUAAUAAUAAUAAUAACCUUAUUAAUAACAAUAAUAAUAACCUUAUUAAUAAUAAUAACCUUACUUAUAAUAAUAACCUUAUUAGCAAUAAUAAUUUUAAUAGCAACAAUAAUUUUAUAAUCCAUAAAAAAAUAGAGAUAAAAAAUAUAGAAACAACUAGUCUUCCUAAUAAGAUUUUUGUAGAUAAAAAUAAUAAUGUCAAAAUCAAUAAGAGCCUCACUAAUAAAAACAUCGAAAAUAUAAUCAUAGUAAUGAUUAAUACCACAAUAAUCAAAAUCAUAAUUAUAUUCCAGGACCAUAAUCUCAUAAUAAUGUUUAAUCCAUUCCUUAUUACAAUUAAAUGAAUGAACAUUAAUUCCCUAAUUAGAAUCCAUGUCCUUAUCCAAAUAAUCCUAUUAAUCCUUCUAUUUAACCAUCUAAAUAAUAAAUGUUUGACAUUUUUUGUUAGAUGUUUUAUGAUAAGUUUUAGCAGCCAGAAUGA